GAUAAUGAGAAUUUAGGACAACGAACUCGACCUGAUUCUUAUGUAGAACAACAACGUUUUCGUACGUAUUUGAGGAAAAAACAGUUUUUUAGUCUAAAAAUAAAUAAUAUGUUAACUAAUUUAGAUGGUGAUGUUAACUUGAGCGAGGAGAUAAAAUCAUUUA